AGGGGAUGUUUAUGUUUUAUUUUUCAUCAUAUAUCGUUGUUAUAAUUGAAUUACACGAAUUUUAGCCUUCAGAUUGAAGCUACGUACCUAAUUCGACUCAUGCAAGUUACCAUGCAUGCAUAUAAAUAUUCACAUUCUCCCAUGGCAGUGGAUAUAACAACCCUACAUUCUUCACUAACUGCCAGCUUAGCUUAAUUAUUCAUGGCGUCUUCUUCCUUCAUUCUUUUCCUACUGCUAUUCUUCACUUCUAUCACCGCCAUCUGCAGCUGGAACGCCGCCACUCCCCGGCCGAGAUUCCCAGCCAUUCUCAUCUUCGGAGAUUCCUUGGCCGACACCGGCAACAACAAUUUCCUAAUCACUCCUAUUCAAGCCAACCACGACCCCUACGGCCACUCUUUCCCCGCCCAUCUCCCCAACGGCCGCUUCACCGACGGCAAAAUCCUCUCCGAUUUCUUGGCUUCCGACCUCGGGAUCAAAGACACCGUUCCCCCGUUUCUCGACCCCGAAUUGCCCAAAGACGAGCUCCUCACCGGCGUCUGCUUCGCGUCCUCCGGCGCCGGGUUCGAUAACCUCACCAGUGUGAAGACCAUGGCCACUCCCAUCAUUAAACAGAUCGACUAUUUUCAGGAUUACAUCGAACAGCUCAAGAGCUUCGUCGGAGGUGGGGUGGCGCACGACGUGGUUUCUAACUCCCUCGCGGUGGUUGUGGGUGGCAGCAAUGAUUUCAGCUUCAAUUUCUUCCGAGACUUCACAAGAAAGGUGCAGUACGACAUCAGUGGCUACCAGGAUUUUGUUCUGCAACAUCUUCAAGACUUUCUUAAGGAAUUGUACAAUCUGGGAAGUCGCAACAUGAUGAUAACUGGAUUGCCGCCGCUGGGGUGUCUGCCGUUGCUGGUGACGACGAAUUUAAUAGGAUUUGGGCGGAAGUGCGUGGAGAGCUUGAAUACAGAUUCUCAGACGUAUAACCAGAAGCUCAUUGCACUGCUGCCUCAAAUUCAAGCAUCACUUCCAGGCACCAAAAUCGUCUAUGGAGAUCUUUAUACCCCUUGGCUAGACAUGGUGGAUAAUCCACAAAAAUAUGGAUUUGUGGAAACCAACAAAGGUUGCUGUGGGAGUGGGGUAAUGGAAGUGACAUACUUUUGCAACAAACUCAGCAAAGUAUGCUCAGACUCGACACAGUAUUUUUAUUUCGACUCUGUCCAUCCAACUGAAGUGGCUUACCGCACUCUGGCUGAUUAUAUAUGGAAGGAUGCUCUCCAGAAAUGGGCGUAGUGCUUAGGCCAAUAAAUCCUGUCCACAUAUAAGCAUUUCAUUUGCAUGAAUGUAUUUGCAUUGAGAAGAGAAAGUUGAUUUCAUAUCUAUAAUUUUAUCUCAUUCCAUUUUUUCUUUCU